AUGAUACAAAAUGAAAACCACUUUUAUGAGAAGCUUAGAAAAGCACAAACUAUCUCUUCAGAGAAUGAUUCAGAAGUUUAUGCUAAACCACCUUGCAAAGUGCCUGAGAAGUUAACUUCAAAAGAAUUAUCUGAGAUUAUAGAGGUUUUUCUGGGACUAUCAUCUGCUGAGAUGAAUAUGCAAGAAAAGCAAAAAAAGAAAAAGAAACUGUUAAAGCAUGGAUCUAUUCAAAAUUCUAACUUAUCUAAAAUUUCAGCUGAGGGUCCUUGCCAAAACUCCUUACUAGAUGUCUUAUAUAAUCUAAUUGCUUCAAUUAAAAAAGAUCAUAUAGAAUCAGAGGAAUCCAUGCGUGAAUCAGAAAAGCUCUUUGCUCUUAACACACUUCACUAA